AUGAUUCCAAAGCUGACUCUCGCUGUCCUGCUGUCUCACUGUCCUGCUGUCUCACUGUCCUGCUGUCCCACUGUCCUGCUGUCCCACUGUCUCACUGUCCUGCUGUCUCACUGUCCCGCUGUCUCACUGUCCCGCUGUCUCACUGUCCUGCUGUCUCACUGUCCUGCUGUCUCACUGUCCCACUGUCCCCCCUGUCUCACUGUCCUGCUGUCUCACUGUCCCGCUGUCUCACUGUCCCGCUGUCUCACUGUCCUGCUGUCUCACUGUCCUGCUGUCUCACUGUCCCGCUGUCUCACUGUCCUGCUGUCUCACUGUCCCGCUGUCUCACUGUCCUGCUGUCUCACUGUCCCACUGUCUCACUGUCCUGCUGUCUCACUGUCCUGCUGUCUCACUGUCCUGCUGUCUCACUGUCCCACUGUCUCACUGUCCCACUGUCUCACUGUCCUGCUGUCUCACUGUCCCACUGUCUCACUGUCCUGCUGUCUCACUGUCCUGCUGUCUCACUGUCCUGCUGUCCCACUGUCUCGCUGUCUCACUGUCCUGCUGUCUCACUGUCCUGCUGUCUCACUGUCCUGCUGUCUCACUGUUCCACUGUCCUGCUGUCUCACUGUCUUGCUGUCCCACUGUCUCACUGUCCUGCUGUCUCACUGUCCCGCUGUCUCACUGUCCUGCUGUCUCACUGUCUCAAUGUCCCACUGUCCCACUGUCUCAAUGUCUCAAUGUCUUACUGUCCUGCUGUCUCACUGUCCUGCUGUCUCACUGUCUUGCUGUCUCACUGUCCUGCUGUCUCACUGUCCUGCUGUCUCACUGUCCCACUGUCUCACUGUCCCACUGUCUCACUGUCUUGCUGUCCCACUGUCUCGCUGUCUCACUGUCCCGCUGUCUCACUGUCCUGCUGUCUCACUGUGCUGCUGUCUCACUGUCCUGCUGUCUCACUGUCUCACUGUCCUGCUGUCUCACGGUCUCACUGUCCUGCUGUCUUACUGUCCCACUGUCUCGCUGUCCUGCUGUCUCACUGUCCUGCUGUCUCACUGUCCUGCUGUCUCACUGUCCCGCUGCCUCACUGUCCUGCUGUCUCACUGUGCCACUGUCUCACUGUCCCGCUGUCUCACUGUCCUGCUGUCUCACUGUCCCAAUGUCUCACUGUCUCAAUGUCUCACUGUCCCACUGUCUCACUGUCCCGCUGUCUUACUGUCCUGCUGUCCAACUGUCUCGCUGUCUUAA